ACAUCACAUAUAGACUAUAAAAGACCAAAAAACUCUCCCUUAGAAUAUAUCCAACAAUAUUCACAAAUUUGAUUAAUUUUCUGAAGUUUCGUUAAUAUCUAUUUACACACCUCACUGAUCAUGGGAGUCACAACCUUCACACAUGAUUAUUCUUCCCCUAUUGCCCCAUCACGCAUGUUCAAGGCUUUAAUUACUGACUCUAGCAAUUUGCUUCCAAAACUCUUACCUCAAUUUAUAAAAGAUGUCAAUUUAAUUCAAGGAAACGGAGAACCUGGAACCAUCGAACAAGUUAACUUUGCCAAAGCUAGUCCUUUCAAAUAUUUGAAAAACAGAAUUGAUAUGAUUGAUAAUGAUAACUUGGUUUGCAACUACACUAUGAUUGAAGGAGAUCCAUUAGGUGACAAGUUUGAGUCAAUUGCUUAUGAGGUUAAGUUUGAAGCUAUUAGUGAUGGAGGUUGUCUUUGUAAAAUGAUUAGCAAAUACAAUGCAAUUGGGGAGUUUGAAGUCAAAGAGGAAGAAAUAAAAGAAGGAAGAGAAAGCUCUAUUGGAAUAUGCAAAGUUGUGGAAGCCUACUUGAUGGAGAAUCCACAAGUCUAUGUUUAAUUAAUUAUUCUUUGUUCAUUUGAUUUUUGUCAAGUAUAUAUAUAUACACACACAUCUUAUUUAAAGAUGAAAUACAAAUUUAUUCAAUUUUUGAAAUGUUAGUGUGAAGUGUCCACCAAAAUAUAGGGACAAUUUGAAUUUGUAAGUGUUGAAGUCCUUAGCCAUCAAGGACCCGCGUUGUGGUUUGGUAAAAUAUUCACUUAUUCAAUAACAAAGAAUUUUAUUUGGACAAA